AUGACUAUGCAAAUCAAGCAGCUGGCCUCGUCGCCUUCUCGUUCAGGCAGACAUUUGCAGCGUUAUAAUCAAGGAUUUCGUCAGGUUGUUGGAUGUAUUCCGUACAGAAUCAGAAAAUCCAACAAGUCAACCUCAGUCAACGGAAGUAAUACAUUGGUUGAAGAUUUGGAGGUCCUUUUAAUCAGCUCCCAAAAGAGUUCAAAAAUGAUGUUCCCUAAGGGAGGUUGGGAAGUAGAUGAAGAUAUCGAAUUAGCCGCUUUAAGAGAAACAUUAGAGGAAGCCGGUGUAGUCGGCUCAGUCGGGGAAAAAUUAGGUGAAUGGAUAUUCAAGAGCAAGAGUCAAGAAAAAUUUCACGAGGGGUCAAUGUUUGCUAUGCUUGUUACCGAGGAAUUACAAGUUUGGCCCGAAAAAGACUUGCGUAGCCGAGUUUGGAUGACGGUUAAUGAGGCUAGAGAAGUAUGCUCUCAUUCUUGGAUGAAACAAGCUUUGGAAGCUUUCGUGUGUCGAUUUUCGGGUAGAGAUAUAUUGGAAGUGUGCAUAACUGAAGAAUUGAGGCUGAGUAUUGGGACUCAAUGUUCGAACGAUGGUGUCGGGUUGUUAUUUGUUUAGUUGAUAUGCGAUUUAGG